GUGAAAGAGGCAGACAGCAGUGUAUUGUCUCAUUUAAAAUGGCUGCUACAAAAGGACUCACUUAAGCAGGACGUCUUUCUAAUCGGUGCGCCUGGAGCGUUGAGAUCUAAUAUUGUUCUACAAUAUCUUGAGUUGUGUGGACGUGAAUUUGAAUAUUUGUCGAUAACCAGAGAUACGACAGAAGCAGACAUCAAACAACGAAGAGAGAUACGAAAUGGAACUGCGUUUUACACAGAUCUUUGCGCCGUUCGAGCUGCACUGAAUGGUCGUGUAUUGGUGAUUGACGGAGUGGAAAAAGCAGAACGGAAUGUUUUGCCGAUUUUGAACAGUCUCUUAGAGAGUCGUGAAAUGCAGUUAGAUGACGGGCGUUUCCUGAUUGCUGCUGAUAAAUACGAUAAGCUAGUUGAGGAAAUGGGCGAAGAGAGGGUUCGUGAAAGAAAACUCGAACGCGUUUCUGAAAAUUUUUUGGUGGUAGCGCUUGGAUUACCAGUGCCACCGUUCAAAGGACAUACGUUGGACCCACCGCUGCGUUCAAGAUUCCAGUGUCGUCAAAUUGACUCAAUGCCUUUUGCAACACUCCAUCAACUGUGCACCGCAUCUGCCCCAAAUAUUGCAUCUGAUCGCAUCUCUUCGUUGAUCUCACUGUGCCUUGCAAUCAACUCAUCUGAAGCUUCAUCACUAGCAUUACCUCGUUUCCCAAUCGAUAACCUCAUCAAUAUAGCCAGAAUUUGGGUAUUUGUUUUUGUUUUAAAUUCGAACUCUCUGAAAUGA